CCCGUUCACGCCGGUCAUGUUUCGGGUGUGACGCGCCUCCCCUGCGACGCAACAGCAACACCCGGAUUUGGAACGCGCAGUGCAGACGUCCUGUGUGCAUUCUGACCAUAAACCAAAAGCACUAAAGAGUUCAGCUCAUUCUUUCAGCAGACUGGUCAGUGUUGCCCUCAUUCUAAUGGGAACCGAGGAAAAAAUAGUGACCUGGAUCUGUCGCUUAACAGUCAUUACGGCUUUUUUCUUGGUUGGGUUUAUCAUAGGUUGGUUUGCUCGACCUACUCAUGUCAAUCAUGGACAAACGUCCAAAAGUUUUCUGCGUGACUUCCUGGAUGAAAUGCAGGCGGAGAAUAUCAAACAACAUCUCAGAAAGUUCACGCGACUGCCCCAUCUGGCGGGGUCGCAGCAGAAUCUCAUCCUGGCCGAGCAGAUUCGAGAUGAGUGGAUGAAGUUCGGGCUGGACUCGGUGCAUCUUGUACCGUAUGACGUUUUGCUCUCGUACCCCAAUAAAACAAACCCCAAUUACAUCUCCAUAGUGGACCAUGUGGGCAAUGAGAUAUUCAACACCUCUCUGGCUGAACCUGUUCCUGAAGGUUAUGAACACGUGAAAGAUAUUGUCCCUCCGUACAACGCUUUCUCUGCAAAAGGACAACCAGAGGGUGAUCUGGUGUAUGUGAAUUAUGGACGGACGGAGGAUUUCUUUAUACUGGACAGAGACCUGGGGAUUAACUGUACUGGAAAAAUUGUCAUCGCUCGUUACGGCAAAAUCUUCCGUGGAAACAAGGUGAAGAAUUCGAUGUUAGCCGGAGCAAAAGGCAUCAUUCUGUACUCGGACCCUGCAGAUUAUUGUGCCGAGGAUGUAGAGCCGUACCCGAAAGGCUGGAAUCUGCCAGGAGGUGGCGUUCAGAGAGGAAACGUCCUUAACCUGAAUGGAGCGGGAGACCCUCUCACACCCGGAUACCCCGCUAAAGAAUACACCUACAGAUAUCCGGCAGAAGACGGCGUGGGCUUACCCAAGAUUCCAGUUCAUCCCAUUGGAUAUCAUGAUGCCAUUCAACUGCUGAAGAAUAUGGGAGGACCUAAUCCUCCUGAUAACUGGAAGGGCGCUCUUAACGUCUCGUACCGGAUUGGACCAGGAUUCACGGCUGGCACUGAACAGAAUAAAGUGCGUAUGAAUGAUACCAACAAUCAGGUGACCCGUAUCUACAAUGUGCUUGGCUGGAUGAGAGGAGCUGUGGAGCCAGACAGGUACAUCAUUCUGGGCGGUCAUCGGGAUGCAUGGGUGUUUGGAGGGAUUGAUCCUGUGUCAGGAGCUGCUGUGGUGCAUGAGACUGUGAGGGCGGCUGGAAAACUCAUGAGCAGAGGUUGGAGACCGAGAAGAACGAUGAUCUUUGCCAGCUGGGACGCAGAAGAGUUUGGUCUGCUGGGAUCGACAGAGUGGGCAGAGGAGAAUGCCAGAAUACUGCAGGAGCGAGCAGUCGCUUACAUCAAUGCUGACUCUGCCAUUGAGGGCAUGUACACACUGAGGGUCGACUGCACCCCCUCUCUACACACUAUUGUGUAUGACAUCACCAAGAAGGUACCGAGUCCAGAGAUCGGAGAGGAGAAAAUGAGUCUAUAUGAGAGCUGGCACAAGAGAGACAACUGGACCGAACAAAAUCUACCUCGGAUCAGCAAACUGGGUUCUGGAAGUGAUUUUGAAGCAUAUUUCAUCAGAUUAGGUAUUGCGUCUGGAAGGGCAAGAUACACCAAAAACAGCAAGACAGAGCGCUACAGCAGUUAUCCCGUCUAUCACAGUGUCUAUGAGACCUAUGAGAUAGUGGAGCGUUUCUAUGACCCGAGUUUCCGCAGGCUGGAGGCUGUGGCCCGUGUCAGGGGUGGACUCAUCUACAGUUUGGCUGACUCUGUGAUUCUUCCUCUAAACUGUGAGGAAUACGCCUCAUCUCUUAAAAGAUACGCCAACAGCAUAUACCAGCUGGCAAAGAGACAUCCUGAUGCCAUGAAACAGUACCACGUGUCAUUCGACUCUCUCUUCUCUGCGGUUGGGAACUUCACAGACGCAGCACGAGAUUUUCACCAGCGGUUAACUCAUCUGGACUCUUCCGAUGCUCUGGCUGUGCGGAUGAUAAACGAUCAGCUCAUGUAUUUAGAGAGAUCUUUCAUUGACCCGCUGGGUCUACCUGGAAGGCCAUUCUACAGGCAUAUCAUUUUCGCUCCCAGCAGUCACAAUAAAUACGCGGGCGAGUCUUUUCCCGGGAUCUACGACGCUCUGUUUGAUAUUGAGAACGCCGCGGAGCCCCACAAAUCCUGGGACGAGGUCAAACGACAGAUCAGCAUCGCUGCCUUCACCGUCAAUGCAGCCGCCGUCACCCUGAUGCCUGUCGUCUGACCUUCAGCUCCUCCAAAUAAAGUUCCAGUUAA